UAAUCACACAGUGACGUCAUUACACAGUGACAUCAUCACACAGUGACAUCAUCACACAGUGACAUCACAAUGUCAUGGGUGAUGACAUCAUUUGACAUCAGUAGGACGUGUGUGUCGCUGACAUUUUAGCCUGAAUGAUGUCGUCUGACAUCAUUAAAUCGUCUUAAUUUUUUCCUAUCCAGCAUCUUCCAGCAGAUCCGAGUUAGUCUUCACAGACACCCAGCAAGACGAGCACAAGAACACAAGCGCCACACAUUCCUGGAACAACAAAAAAUUUUCCCAGAAUGUCACACGUUGAAGAAUUUCAAGAGGUGGAUGUUUCCACUGAAGAACUGAAACAAAUCACAGAGAGGCUUAUGGAGCAAAACGACGCUUUGAACAAACAUGUUGAGAACAUUUGCAAGAAAUUGCAAAAAAGGAAAGACUUGGAUGCUUCAUACAAAGACCUGAAAAAAUCACGGAAAGCUGCUAUCAAGGAAAACAAAAGACUGGUGAAGCAGGUGGAGAGUCUAAGAGUGGACGUCGAAAAGCAGACCCACGUGGAACAAAUGUGUGAAGAGGAGAGGAUAAAAACCUCUCAGGUCUCUGAAAGUAACCAGGAGCUGAGGACAGUAAAUGAAGCACUUCAGUCCAAACUUCAGCAACUGAAAGAAAUGAAAAAAGACAUUUCUGGCCUCAAGUCUGAACAAAAGAUUCUGGAACAAGAGAAGCGAGCUCUGCAAUCUCAACAGAAGAAACUCCAGAAAAAGAUUGACCGCAAAGCACACCUGGAACCGGAUUUGAAAAAAGAAUUUGAUGACUUCCAGGCUUUGACACAACAAACUGAGGAACUAAGGCAAAGCCUUCAGGAGUUGAAAAACCAAAAUGAGGAACAGAAGAGGAUGGAAGAGAACUAUCCUUCAAUGACACAAGAACGGUUACAACUCACAGAUCUGAAGGCUCAACUGGAAAUAGAGAUUUCUGAUCAGAGACAGCAGAAGGAGGAAACACGUCAGCUGAUUGUUCGACGUGAGGAGGAAAAAAGACAACUGGAAUUGCUUCAAGAACAAACAAACGUUCUCACAGCAGAAAGAAACGCUCUGACAGAAGAACUGAAACACCGAGAAGCUCUGGAGUCUGAAUGUAACGAGAAACAAGCAGAAACCAAGAACUUGGUGAUACAAUUUUCCAACCUUGAACUCAAUGUUGCGGAGCUGAAGAGAAUUAUUUCAGCGUUUGACGAGGUAGAAGAAAAACUCAAGGUUGCAAAAGAGGAAAAUUUGAAGAAAAAGAAUCAAAUAGACCUUUACUGCAAAGAAAUCCAAGACCUGAAGGUUCAGAUACAAGCUCCACAACAUGAAGUCGCUGCUCUAGAGACAGAAAUCAAAGAUCUCCAGAAGGAAAAUAAGGAACUGGAAGAGGUUCAAGCUGAAUAUCAGAGAAUCUCUGAAGAAAAGUCCAAACUGGAAGAUAAGAAGAAGCAGCUUCAGGAGGAGGUUUCUCAUCUGAAACAGCAGCAAGAGGACGUUUGUAAACUGGCUGGUCAAUAUAACAAGGUACUAGACAAACUAGGACCCCUUCGAGAGGAAACUAAGGACCUCAAAGACCAAAAAGAAAUGCUGACUGAUCUUCUGAAACAGCGGCAACUUCUGGAGACUGACUAUGAGGAGAUAAAAGCAGAAACUGACCACGUGGCAGAAGAAAACUUCAACCUUCAUGUUGAAGUUGAUGAUCUGCAGAAGAAGAUUUCAAAUUUGAAACGUACGGAGGACAGUGUGGUAAAAGCAAAGGAGACAAAUUUGAAAGCAAAGAAAGAACAGGAGGUUCUCCAGAAGCUAAUCCAAGACCUGCAGGUUCAGAUACAAGCUCCCCAACAUGAAGUCGCUGCUCUAGAGACAGAAAUCAAAGAUCUCCAGAAGGAAAAUAAGGAACUGGAAGAGGUUCAAGCUGAAUAUCAGAGAAUCUCUGAAGAAAAGUCCAAACUGGAAGAUAAGAAGAAGCAGCUUCAGGAGGAGGUUUCUCAUCUGAAACAGCAGCAAGAGGACGUUUGUAAACUGGCUGGUCAAUAUAACAAGGUACUAGACAAACUAGGACCCCUUCGAGAGGAAACUAAGGACCUCAAAGACCAAAAAGAAAUGCUGACUGAUCUUCUGAAACAGCGGCAACUUCUGGAGACUGACUAUGAGGAGAUAAAAGCAGAAACUGACCACGUGGCAGAAGAAAACUUCAACCUUCAUGUUGAAGUUGAUGAUCUGCAGAAGAAGAUUUCAAAUUUGAAACGUACGGAGGACAGAGUGGUAAAAGCAAAGGAGACACAUUUGAAAGCAAAGAAAGAACAGGAGGUUCUCCAGAAGCUAAUUCAAGACCUGCAGGUUCAGAUACAAGCUCCCCAAAAGGAAGUCGCUGCUCUAGAGACAGAAAUCAAAGAUCUCCAGAAGGAAAAUAAGGAACUAGAAGAGGUUCAAGCUGAAUAUCAGAGAAUCUCUGAAGAAAAGUCCAAACUGGAAGAUAAGAAGAAGCAGCUUCAGGAGGAGGUUUCUCAUCUGAAACAGCAGCAAGAGGACGUUUGUAAACUGGCUGGUCAAUAUAACAACGUACUAGACAAACUAGGACCCCUUCGAGAGGAAACUAAGGACCUCAAAGACCAAAAAGAAAUGCUGACUGAUCUUCUGAAACAGCGGCAACUUCUGGAGACUGACUAUGAGGAGAUAAAAGCAGAAACUGACCACGUGGCAGAAGAAAACUUCAACCUUCAUGUUGAAGUUGAUGAUCUGCAGAAGAAGAUUUCAAAUUUGAAACGUACGGAGGACAGAGUGGUAAAAGCAAAGGAGACACAUUUGAAAGCAAAGAAAGAACAGGAGGUUCUCCAGAAGCUAAUUCAAGACCUGCAGGUUCAGAUACAAGCUCCCCAAAAGGAAGUCGCUGCUCUAGAGACAGAAAUCAAAGAUCUCCAGAAGGAAAAUAAGGAACUAGAAGAGGUUCAAGCUGAAUAUCAGAGAAUCUCUGAAGAAAAGUCCAAACUGGAAGAUAAGAAGAAGCAGCUUCAGGAGGAGGUUUCUCAUCUGAAACAGCAGCAAGAGGACGUUUGUAAACUGGCAGGUCAAUAUAACAACGUACUAGACAAACUAGGACCCCUUCGAGAGGAAACUAAGGACCUCAAAGACAAAAAAGAAAUGCUGACUGAUCUUCUAAAACAGCGGCAACUUCUGGAGACUGACUAUGAGGAGAUAAAAGCAGAAAUUGACCACGUGGCAGAAGAAAACUUCAACCUUCAUGUUGAAGUUGAUGAUCUGCAGAAGAAGCUGCAUGCCUUGGAUGAUGUGAACGACAGAGUUUUAAAAGCGAAGGAGGAAAAUUUGAAUGAAAAACAUGAACAUGACCUUCUCCAAAAGGAACUCGAAGACCUGCAGGUUGAGCUGACAGGAAGAAGAGACGAAUGAAAACGAGAGGGACAGAUUUGACCUGGAAGACCUGAAAAGCAAACUGGAAAUGAAGGUUUCAGAUUUGAACCUGAACCAGAACAAAGAUCCAGGGUUUUCCUCCAACGUGCAAACUAAUGUUUAGAAAAGGGGCAAAUGGGUAAUUGGAGGGUGGGGCGGAUUUUACAGCAUUAGCUUUACUUAAAAAUGUUAUUGAGUUGUUUUAGUUGUUAGUUGUUGUUUUAUGUUUUUAUUAGUUUUUAUCAAAUGUUAUCUUUGGUAGUAGUUGUUGCUAUCUUGCCUUUAGUUUUAGUCAUGUUUAUUGUAUUAGAACUUGAGUAGGAAGGGAAAAAAAACAGUAAACAGAUGGUUGGUGGGAUAUGGAAAUUCUUCUUAUUUUUUUAAUUUUAUUUUAAUUAACCUGUUUUGGCUUUGUGAUUCCUGUGCUAUCCCGGGAUAUAAGGAACAUGUGUGUAAGUGUUAGUGUAUGUGGGGGUGUGGAGGGUUAUGGCGUAACCCCCAUGAAGUCUCCUCUUCCCUAACAAGAAACUUCACUGGUUAGGGAGGAGACCUCAGGGGGGUAUGCGACUCUUAAAUGCCCCGCCGCCGCCACAGACACACGCAAACCCAUCCCAUCUCCCAGUGUAGCACAAGAGCAAAUUUGUCUAAAUCAGAUCUGAUGUAAAAAAAAAAAAAAAA